UCUGUGUCAGUUUCAGGAGUCCUGAGCUUGAGCCUGAAACAAAGCAGGAGGCUGGAAAGGGACUCUCCGGAGUUCGCCAAGACGCCGAGUUGAGGGGGAGGGAGGCUGCCUGCCUUGGCCGAGGCGCCGGGUUGUGUGUGCUUUUCGCCGUCAGCUCUUCGAAGCGGGAAGCUCCUUUCGGGGAGAGCAUCUGGCUCCCAAGCGGGGCGGGCGGGCAGGGAAAGUUUGCCCGGCUCUUCCCUUCGGCUUUCAGAUCGAGGCGGGUUUUUGCCCGAGGAAGGGUUAAGCGGUAGCUUGCCGACCGUCGACCGCCUCCAACGCUGCCCUGUCGGCCACCUCAACAGCGAAAAGCGAGACCCUGGCUGGGACGGAGAGAAAAAGGAACAGCAAAAAGCGAGCCCGAUCCGGCUUCUCGCCUUGAUCCUGCUCCAGUGCGCCGCUUCCUUGCCUGCUGGAGCCGACAGCCUCCUCACAAGAAUUCCGAGAGUGUUGUUUCCCCCCUUCCCUCCCUCCCUCGGGAGGUUUGAGGUUCGUUAAGGGAUAAUAUUCUUUUUUGAAAACCCAGAGAAGAAAGGCAAGGGAGGAAGGCGAGCCCAACACUUGAUUCCUCUCUUCCAAGAAGCGCGCUCCCGAAAAAGCUCGAGAAGGGGGGAAAAGAAGGGGCCCCGUCCGCGCCUUGCCUUGGGGAUGGAUGAUCAGCCCAGGUUGAUGCAUUCCCACGCCGGAGUGGGGAUGGCUGGCCAUCCGGGCCUGUCCCAACAUAUGCCGGACGGAGCUGCCGGCACUGAAACCGAGGGGGGACGAAAACAAGACAUCGGGGACAUUUUACAGCAGAUCAUGACCAUCACCGAUCAGAGUUUGGAUGAAGCGCAGGCCAGAAAACAUGCUCUAAACUGUCACAGAAUGAAGCCUGCACUUUUUAAUGUUUUGUGUGAAAUUAAAGAAAAAACAGUGUUGAGCAUUCGAGGAGCUCAGGAGGAGGAACCCACAGACCCACAGCUAAUGCGGCUGGACAACAUGCUCUUAGCAGAAGGGGUAGCUGGUCCUGAAAAAGGAGGGGGUUCAGCGGCAGCGGCAGCAGCAGCGGCAGCCUCAGGGGGUGCUGGCUCAGACAAUUCCGUUGAACAUUCUGACUACAGAGCAAAACUCUCACAGAUUCGGCAGAUCUAUCACACAGAGCUGGAGAAGUAUGAACAGGCAUGUAAUGAGUUCACAACCCACGUGAUGAAUCUGCUGCGGGAACAGAGCAGGACUCGGCCUAUCUCUCCCAAAGAGAUAGAGAGGAUGGUCAGCAUCAUCCACCGCAAGUUCAGCUCCAUCCAGAUGCAACUCAAACAGAGCACAUGUGAAGCUGUCAUGAUCUUGCGCUCUCGAUUUCUUGAUGCACGGCGGAAGAGAAGAAAUUUCAACAAGCAGGCUACGGAAAUUCUCAAUGAGUAUUUCUAUUCUCAUCUCAGCAACCCGUAUCCCAGUGAGGAAGCCAAAGAGGAACUAGCCAAGAAAUGUGGCAUCACAGUCUCACAGGUAUCAAACUGGUUUGGAAAUAAACGAAUCCGGUACAAGAAGAACAUAGGUAAAUUUCAAGAGGAAGCCAAUAUUUAUGCUGCCAAAACGGCUGUCACUGCUACAAAUGUGUCAGCCCAUGGAAGCCAAGCUAACUCACCCUCAACUCCCAAUUCAGCUGGUUCUUCCAGUUCUUUUAACAUGUCAAACUCUGGAGAUUUGUUCAUGAGCGUGCAGUCACUCAAUGGGGAUUCUUACCAAGGGGCCCAGGUUGGAGCCAACGUGCAGUCACAGGUGGAUACCCUUCGCCAUGUUAUCAGCCAGACAGGAGGAUACAGUGACGGGCUCACAGCAAGUCAGAUGUAUAGUCCGCAGGGCAUCAGUGCUAAUGGAGGCUGGCAAGAUGCUACGACUCCUUCGUCUGUGACAUCCCCCACAGAAGGCCCUGGCAGCGUUCACUCUGAUACCUCCAACUGAUCUCCUAGCAAUCCAGUAUCCCCGGCUGCUCCUACCCUGUACCAGGCAGAGGUGGGGACAGAGAGGGGAGAGUUUUUUUCUCCUGUUGAUGCCAGCAGGCUGGAUUCCGAGCUGACUGGCCCACCCAACAGGAGUCUCCUUCUCUUCUCUCUUUGGGGAUGCUUUUUCAGCCAGUCUGGACACUUCUUUAUACUCUCUUCCCUUUCUUUUCUGGGUAGAAGCCACCUUUUCUUUCGCCAUCACCAUUGCCUGUCCUCUCACAGCAAAAUAAUAAUCAGAAGAAGAAAAAAAUCUGAAAGCAUUUGUACUUUUUAUGUUGUUGCUGUUGUUGUCGUUAUUGUUGUUUUUAUCCCAGUGUCAGUCCCUCCAGCCUACCAGAUAUCUGAUUGCUUCCUCCCAUUUCUCUGGUGUUCUCACUACCUCUUUUCAGGAGCCAUCUAAGCUCUUCCCUUGGCUUUUGGGCACCAUACUUCUUUCAUACGAGACAAUGAUCUGUUCCUUUAAGAUCCCGAAUCUUUGGUGAGUUGCCUUCCAGGACAAUCUGUUACAGGUUGGAUAAAUGCAAUCCGGGUGCUGCAAGA